UCGUUCGUCAAGCUGCUCCGCUCGCCGCACGCCAACGUGGCAUGCAGAGCAAGCCAGGAAACACUGCUGGCGAUGGCCCCAAACUCAGAGACUUCGUCAUUAAGGCUGGCAUUGUACAACCUCUUCUAGAACUCAUUAGACCAGACACAGAGACUGCCGAGAUCAACGAGGUGGACCGCCUGGGCCAGAUGACUGAGGAGUGCGGCGGACUGGACAAGACUGAAGACUACAGCACCACGACAACAAGGCCGUGUACGAGAAGGCCCUGGAUGGAUAUCAUCGAGAAGUGUUCCGGCGAGGAGGAGGACCCCGAGGUGAGCAGCACCACCAGUGGCCAGGCGUACGACUUCUCUGCCGUGAACAACGUGCCUGAGGGUGGAUUCUCUUUCUAGGAAUUCAGUGUGUGUGUCUGGCAAGUGAGGAGCAGCAGCAGGCAUGGUGUGUGUGUUCCACGGCGGAAUAAUGUGAUAAUGUAUCUAACCAUCGAUCUCACUUGUCAAAGUGACCUCUGCAGCAUGUUUUACUGGUCCUUCAGUGGACCCGCUGGUGCCUCAGUAUUUUACUGGAUCUUCAGUGGACCCA